AUGACCAUGGCGCUAGAGACGAUCAAUCUUCCUCACUUGCCUGCCGAGCUCCCGGUUUUUGUGGCACUUUACCGCAAUGUGGAGAAUGCAGAAUUCUUGCGCCAGCAGCUGCUUGCUGGUAACACCGAAUUUGAAUAUGCCUUGAUUGAUGCAAGCAUGGUUCUAUCACGAACACAUGCUAUCACAGCUAUCUUCCGAGCAGUCAAUGACUAUUUGAACAACCGCCUCAAGUCCCGCAAUGUACACUCGGAGAUUGUCUUCUCCUUCCUUGCGGCCAACAAUAUCGCUGACUCAUUCCGCAAAUUUGGCAUUGCCGACUCCACCAAGGACUUGUUGGUGGUGAAAGUCCCCGUGUCCCCGGAGAUAACGCAUGACUCCAUUGCCACACACCUGGAAGCUUCCAUCAAAGGGAAUUCCGUAACCUUUGACGACCAAAUUCUUUCUGAGAUCUCGGAUAUUGCCAAGAUCAAGAAGGCGUACAAGCUCGGAGCUUUGCCUACUCCUGGGCCGAAGCAGGCUAGCGGUACACCCGAUGACGCUAAACGACGACUUGAGCUGUCAAUUUUGGGUGCAAUUGCUCUACGUGGAUCAUGA